UCCGUAGCAUUAUAAUUUUGUCUUCAUAUCCAAAACAAAGGAGUCCACCCAAUUCAGAAAAUAAGUGCAAUAAAAGGAUAGGAAAUGGUGGUGGUGGACCAAUCAGGAGCUGGUGUGUGGGCGCGGGGCGGCGGCGGGAGCGGCGCCGGCAGUCUCGCUCCGACCGCCGGCGCGCGCGCACGCAGCAUGCUGCACGACUGGCCCGCCGCCUGGCCGCGCCCCGACCAGGCCGCCCUGGACGCCUUCCUCUCGCAGCUCGGCCACCACCACUACAUCAAGGAGGGCGCGGAGAGCGGCAGCGAGCGCCCCCUGUCGCUGUACGCCCCGCCCCCGGCGCCCCCCGCGCCCGCCCCGCUCUCGCCCGCGCGCUGCUACGAGGAGCUGCGGCCCGCACUCGCGCGCGACAUGCAGACCUACGUGCACUUCGAGGACGUGCUCAAGCCGCCGCCGCCCGACUACCGGCGCAGCCCCGAGCCCCGCGCGCGCCACCCGCACCUCGACCACCACGCCGACCACCUCGACCACCACGCCGACCGGCUCGACCAUCACUCCGACCACCUCGACCAUCACACUGAACAUCUCGACCACCACUCUGAACAUCUCGAUCACCACUCUGAACAUCUCGACCAUCACUCUGAACACCUCGACCACCACGCUGAGCACCUGGAGCACCACAGCGACCACAUGGAGGCACAUGGCGAGCACCUGGAGCAGCUGGAGGCGCGCGGCGACCCCCACUCCGAGCACCACUCGGAGCACCACUCGGAGCACCAGCAGGCGUCGCCGGAGCGCCGCGAUGACUACCGCGCGCUGUACGAGCCCUACCCGCCGCCCUACCGCCACGACGACCACCACGUAGACUCGUCGGGCGGGUCGUACGGGCAGCGCUGCGCGUUCGGCGGCGCGUCGCCGUACUUCAGCAGCGGCGCGGAGCUGGCCUCGCAGCUGUGGGCGGGCGCGGGGGCGGGCGCGGGCGCGGGGGCGGGCGGGGAGCGCGCCGCCUCGCCCUACGCCGGCGGGCUGGCGGACGACUACGCGGACGCCGGGGCGGGCGGCGCGCUGCCGGCCUUCAACACGCGCUUCAGCGGGCCCUUCGCCUCGCGCGCGCCCGCCGCCUACUCCGCGCUGCCGCCGCAGCAUCACUACACGCACCAGGAGCCGUGGCGCGCGCCGCUGUCUGCGUCCGCCAGCCUGUCUGCAAUGGAGGUGGCGGAACUGUUCACGGAGGGGCGCGAGUGCGUGAACUGCGGCGCCAUCCAGACGCCGCUGUGGCGCCGCGACGGCACCGGGCACUACCUGUGCAACGCGUGCGGCCUCUACCACCGCAUGAACGGCAUGAACCGCCCGCACAAGCAGACGCGCCGCAAUGUACGUGUGCGCGCGCCGCCGCCCGCCCCCGCCCCCGACAUGGGCGCCAAGCGGCCGGGCAUGGCGUGCAGCAACUGCCAGACGUCCACCACGUCGCUGUGGCGCCGCAACGCCGCCGGCGAGACCGUGUGCAACGCCUGCGGGCUCUACUUCAAGCUGCACAACAUCCCGCGACCCAUCACCAUGAAGAAGGAGUCCAUACAGACGCGGAAGCGGAAACCGAAGAACAGCAUGAAGUCUGAGCGCGGCGGCGGCAAGAGCUCCUCGCACGCGCACCCCCUCCCCGCGCACCCCGCGCACCCCGCGCUGCCCCCCCACGGCAAGAUGGAGAGCCUGCUGGAGGCAAGCGGGCUGAGCGGCGCGCCGGGCGCAGGGUGUGCGACGGCCGCGACGGCCGCGGGGGGCGGGGGGGCCCGCGCCGCGCCGCUGCUGAGCUACUACGUGGUGCCGGGAAUUAAGCUGGAGGAGGCGCGGCGCUACGAGCACGAGCUGGAGCGCCCCACCGUCGUGUCGCUGGGCAGCUGAGCCCCCCCCGCCCCCCCCGCCCCCGCCGCCCCGCCCGCCCCGCACGCACUCCGCUGUCCAGUCUUCUUAUACUUGAGUACGAUACGUAUGCGAGGUGCAGCCGAGCCGCCGCCGGAACAAAGAGGGCGAGUCGCGGCGCCGGCCCAUAAUACAUAGAAUCUCAGUUAGUGUUAGUAGUUAGAGCUUAGUGAGCCGGAGAGAGCCCGGCGAGGUCGAGGCUAGGUCACCAAAUAUACACGAGUACAGUCCGCGCCCAGCGGAACCUACUACAUAAAUCGACUUCAAAAUCAGAGGGCCUUAUCAUAAUUUAUAAAACUAAUGUGGGUAACGUGAUAAUGAUCUUGCCAUAAAUAUACUAUGUCACUGCAUUUACCCUAGACCGGAAAGUUAUUUUUCUUAUAAGUGCCUUAGUAAACAGUGGCCCAUCCUUUAGAAAUGUGUAGUACAAUUAUUUGAUAUAAUAAUACAUAUACCUAUGUAUAUGGUCCUGAGAGGCUAUAACUAUGGAUACAUAAUAUAAAAUGUAUAAUUGUACAAGUAUACCUAGAUAUAUUUAAUUGUUACCAUAAAAAUCAACUAAAGACUAAUAUCCAAAGCAUUCCAUUAAAAGAAAAUGUAGAGCUAAAUUCCUAUUAAUAAUUGUAGUUUUUAUUAUGUAGAAAAAGAAGAUCUAAGCUGACAUUAUACCUAAAAUAUAAGGAAUUAUGAUUAAAGACUGUAUAUUAAGUACCUACUUAUAUUGUUGGGACGCACAAUCGUCCACUACCAACUCGAAUAAAUAAUAAUUAGAUCUAAAGCGAGUACAAUCGAAGUACCUACUCGUACUUACUCCAUGACUUCAGUACAUUCCACACAUUCAUUUUAAUUCCUUUGUAUGUCUUUACUAGUUAUGUACUUAGUCAUUAUUUGUAACACAGGUUUAACGCUUGAGUUUAUUAUUUUAUGACUGAUAAAUUUAUUGUAUGCCUAUUUUUUAUGACAAAGAAGUACAUAUUAUGAUUGUUUAGCUGCAGUAUCCUUGAAUUAGGUAGUACAGGUUUAUAUAGAUGUUUAAAACUAUGCUAAAACAAAAAAAAACUGCUUCCUUGCGGAAUCGCAUAUUCUGGAAUUUUCGCUUAUCAAUAUAAAGGCAAUAUCCUAAAGUAAGAUGCAAGCUCCUAGGACCUAUUCAUAAUUAUUUUCAUUAAAUCAAUGCCUAAACUAGGUGGCUAAAGUUUUUUUGCAUCAAAGAUACAGUGUGGUUAUUUAAACUGUAGGUAUAUAAUAAUGUUUUUUCGUAUUUUUUAUUCAUGAAAUGUUAUAUUUUAUAUCUUAUCUGAUUUAGUUGUAGGACUGGUGUUGCUCAGGGCCCCCACUAGGGAAAGCUAUCUAAAUUAAAUUACGCCAAAUAUUUAUACCUAUGUGAUGUUACUAUUUAUGUUAUAGAGUUUACUGUGUGUCCACCACCUCCAUGUUCUGUACAUAUUAGCAAUCAGAGUACACUUUUAAUAAAUGAUAAGUAAGUCUAA